AUGGAGAAUCUUUUUGUGUGGUGUGACCUGACUCAGGAACUGCAGUGCCUCAUACUGGGGUGUCCCUGCAAGCAGAGUCUAGCCCAGCUAGAGAAUCUGUGCAAGCAGCUCUAUGAGACAACUGACACCACAACGCGGAUCCAGGCGGAGAAGGCCUUGGUUGAGUUUACCAAUAGCCCAGACUGCUUGAACAAGUGCCAGCUUCUUCUGGAAAGAGGGAGUUCAUCUUACUCCCAAUUAUUGGCAGCUACAUGCCUUACGAAACUGGUGUCGCGCACAAACAACCCUUUGCCCUUGGAACAGCGGAUAGAUAUACGAAACUAUGUGCUCAACUAUCUGGCUACCAGGCCUAAGCUGGCGACGUUUGUGACGCAAGCACUAAUCCAAUUGUAUGCUAGGAUCACAAAGCUGGGCUGGUUUGAUUGUCAGAAAGAUGAAUAUGUCUUCAGAAAUGUCAUCACUGACGUCACAAGGUUUUUACAGGAUAGUGUGGAGCACUGUAUCAUCGGAGUGACAAUCCUCUCUCAGCUAACCAAUGAAAUUAACCAAGCAGACACUACACACCCUCUGACCAAGCACAGGAAGAUUGCGUCUUCAUUCCGCGAUUCCUCUUUGUUUGAUAUUUUCACGCUCUCGUGCAAUUUACUGAAACAGGCCUCGGGGAAAACCCUGAACUUGAACGACGAGAGCCAGCACGGCCUCCUCAUGCAGCUCCUCAAGCUGACUCAUAAUUGCCUGAACUUUGACUUCAUUGGUACCUCCACGGACGAGUCCUCUGACGAUCUCUGCACUGUGCAGAUCCCCACCAGCUGGAGAUCGGCUUUUCUGGAUUCCUCAACGUUGCAGCUGUUUUUUGACCUGUACCAUUCAAUCCCUCCUACGUUUUCACCUCUGGUCUUAUCGUGUCUAGUACAAAUAGCUUCUGUCCGUAGGUCCCUAUUUAACAACGCAGAAAGAGCGAAGUUCCUUUCUCACCUCGUCGAUGGUGUCAAGCGAAUACUGGAAAACCCCCAGAGCUUGUCGGAUCCAAACAACUACCAUGAGUUUUGUCGUCUUCUUGCUCGGCUGAAAAGCAAUUACCAGCUGGGGGAGCUGGUGAAAGUGGAGAACUAUCCGGAGGUGAUCCGACUUAUUGCCAACUUCACAGUGACCAGCUUGCAGCACUGGGAGUUUGCGCCAAACAGCGUACACUACUUGUUGAGUUUGUGGCAGCGGCUCGCCGCCUCUGUUCCUUACGUCAAAGCCACAGAGCCACACAUGCUGGAGACCUACACGCCGGAAGUCACCAAAGCUUACAUCACGUCCAGACUGGAGUCGGUGCACAUCAUCCUGAGAGACGGCCUGGAGGAUCCCCUGGACGACACGGGUCUGGUGCAGCAGCAGCUUGACCAGCUGUCCACCAUUGGGCGUUGUGAAUACGAGAAGACGUGCGCCCUCCUGGUGCAGCUCUUUGACCAGUCGGCCCAGUCCUACCAGGAGCUGCUGCAGAGCGCGACGGCCAUUCCAGUGGACAUAGCAGUCCAGGAGGGACGCCUGACAUGGCUGGUCUACAUCAUUGGGGCUGUGAUCGGGGGCCGAGUUUCCUUUGCCAGCACGGAUGAGCAGGACGCGAUGGACGGUGAAUUGGUUUGUCGGGUUCUUCAGCUUAUGAACCUGACAGAUUCACGCCUGGCCCAGGCAGGCAACGAGAAGCUGGAGCUGGCCAUGCUGAGCUUCUUUGAGCAGUUUCGGAAAAUCUACAUCGGAGACCAGGUGCAGAAAUCCUCAAAGCUGUAUCGCCGGCUCUCAGAGGUCCUGGGGCUCAACGACGAGACCAUGGUCCUCAGUGUUUUCAUAGGGAAAAUCAUCACCAACUUGAAGUACUGGGGCCGGUGUGAGCCCAUCACCUCCAAGACGCUGCAGCUCCUCAAUGACCUUUCCAUUGGCUACAGCAGUGUUAGGAAACUGGUGAAACUGAGCGCCGUGCAGUUCAUGCUGAACAAUCACACAAGUGAGCACUUUUCCUUCUUGGGCAUCAACAAUCAGUCCAACCUGAGUGACAUGAGAUGCCGGACAACUUUCUACACUGCACUGGGGCGUCUCCUCAUGGUGGACCUAGGGGAGGAUGAGGAUCAGUACGAGCAGUUCAUGCUGCCCCUCACAGCUGCCUUUGAGACUGUGGCCCAGAUGUUUAGCACCAACACCUUCAACGAGCAAGAGGCAAAAAGAACGCUGGUUGGCCUGGUGAGAGACCUGAGGGGAAUCGCCUUUGCCUUCAACGCCAAGACCAGCUUUAUGAUGCUCUUCGAGUGGAUCUAUCCUUCCUACAUGCCUAUCUUGCAGCGGGCCGUUGAGCUCUGGUACCACGACCCAGCCUGCACCACUCCUGUGCUCAAGCUGAUGGCUGAGCUGGUGCACAACAGGUCCCAGAGGCUCCAGUUCGAUGUCUCCUCACCCAACGGCAUCCUGCUUUUCCGGGAGACCAGCAAAAUGAUAACUACCUAUGGGAACCGCAUCCUGACCCUGGGGGAGGUCCCAAAGGACCAGGUGUACGCCUUGAAGCUCAAAGGGAUCUCCAUCUGCUUCUCCAUGCUCAAGGCGGCUCUGAGUGGCAGCUACGUCAACUUUGGCGUUUUCCGUCUCUAUGGAGAUGAUGCCCUUGAUAAUGCCUUGCAAACCUUCGUCAAGCUCCUCCUCUCCAUCCCACACAGUGACCUUCUGGAUUACCCGAAGCUCAGCCAGUCCUAUUAUUCUUUACUGGAAGUCCUUACCCAGGAUCACAUGAAUUUUAUAGCUAGCCUGGAGCCCCACGUCAUCAUGUAUAUUCUUUCCUCCAUCUCAGAGGGCCUCACAGCACUAGACACCAUGGUUUGCACAGGCUGCUGCUCCUGCCUGGACCACAUUGUCACCUAUCUCUUCAAGCAGCUGUCACGCAGCACCAAGAAGAGGACAGCCCCUUUGGUCCAGGAGAGCGACCGAUUCCUGCACAUCAUGCAGCAGCAUCCUGAGAUGAUCCAGCAGAUGCUGUCAACGGUGCUGAAUAUCAUCAUCUUUGAGGACUGUAGGAAUCAGUGGUCCAUGUCCCGGCCUCUCCUUGGCUUGAUACUGCUCAAUGAAAAGUACUUCUCGGACCUAAGGAACAGUAUCGUGAACAGCCAGCCCCCAGAGAAGCAGCAAGCGAUGCACCUCUGCUUUGAAAACCUCAUGGAAGGCAUUGAGCGGAAUUUGCUCACCAAGAAUCGGGAUAGAUUUACACAAAACCUGUCUGCAUUCCGGCGGGAGGUGAACGACUCUAUGAAGAACUCCACCUACGGGGUAAACAGCAACGACAUGAUGAGCUGACGUCUCGUGAGAAGCCUCUCUCUGGCAUAGGCCAGGGAGGUUAACUUUUCCGAUGGAAAGACAAAAGGGCAUUUCUGAUCCCUGCUGGUCCCUGGGGCAAGGCUGCAGGAGGAGGGGUGUGAAAAGUUCACCAGGGCAGGGGGCUUUUUUCCUUGCGAAAGAGUGGUGGCAGAUCAGCGUCUCCCUGAGUGAAUGUCAGAGAGAAACCCCUGUGUCCUGCCGCAGCCUGCCUUGUAUAAACAUGUACAUUUUUUCAUAACAUUUUGAACAAGGUUUAUAUUGACUCAAGUUUAAAAAAAAGUGUGACUGAAAUUUUUACAGAGUUUAGUGCACCAAUGCUGACGUGAGGGUUGUAUGCAAGUACGGAAGCUGUGUGUCUCCUGGCCACCUGCCAUGUUACUGGGUGAGGGGUGUGUGAAAGUACAGAGUUAUAUUUAGUAACAAGUGUAGAGAGAGGCACAAGAAGUGUGAAGUUCCAAAUGUAUAUUUUUCUUAUACAUCCCCUGUAAUCUGUACCAUCCUGCCCUGAUCCUCCCCUCUUGUUAGGAACUCAAAGCCAUGCUCCGUGCUGUUCCAUGAGUGUAUGUUCCUUGCCCUGUCUGUCAGCACUUCCUUUCUAGCCUGGUCCCAGAGGCCAGCCACGGAAAGUCUGUGCUGUAUGUCUGCACCUCUUCCUUAGCGCAUUGCACCGGGCUCCUUCCUUCCUUCCUGCGUGAAUCUCCUUGCUUCCCAGCUACCGGGAAAAGUGUGGAGAGGCACUGGCGACUCAUGGGCCCCACACCCUCUUCUCCUUCUCAAAACACAGCUGCAGGGAGCAGCCUUGCCUCUUCUCCCCCAGUUCCCACUCUUCGUAGGUGGCUGCUGGCAUUGACAAGUGGAUGUGGGGAGGUUCUUAGAGACACAGCAAGCUGUGCAACACAACCCAUUGUGUCUAGGUUUCCUCCUACUGCUGCAACAACUUUGUGGAAGGUUAAAUUUACUUUUGAGAAAAUGGGGGGGGGGAGAACCUGUUUGCCUUGUACUUUCCCACUCUUCUUGCUGCUAAUUCUGAGCACCCCGUAGCCCAGCUCUUACCGGUCUUGGUUUCUCUUCCCAGAUAGCACCACCUCAGUUUUAUUUUUUGUUUUUCCCCCUCUGGCGAUUGUGUGUUGGGUCCUUUUUGUGUGAGCAGAUUGCUGGAUGACUUGUAAGGGUGUUUGCUGCAUACAGUGUAAGCAUUGUGGCUGCAAAUAAACUUCAGUGGUUUCUACUGAGCUGUGUGCAACCAGG